AUUAUACUAUAGACUGUCUGCUGGUUGUCUGUUGAUGAUUCGAGAUCAUAAUCAUACAUUGUAACUUGAAUGCCAUAUGACAAUGUACGCACCCUUUUCCACAGGGGGAUGCUUGACAUGAAGGGAUACUGACCAAAGCUUACUAACUGAGAAUGGAUGGCAUGUUUGAUGGAAGGACUCCAGAGCUACAUACAGCCGUACAGACAAACAACACAGACAGACUCCUACAGCUGAUACAGGCGGGCCACAGCGUCAACAGUGAAGGCGUGGACCUGGUCAGACCGCUACACGAGGCCUGCUUCAGAGGCCAUAUCGAAUGUGUGAAAAUUCUUCUGGACAAUGACGCAGAGGUGAAUGUGAGGAACAUUGAUGGAGCUACCCCUCUGUGUGAUGCUGCCAGCAGUGGACAUGUAGACAUCGUCAGGAUUCUACUACAACGGGGGGCAUAUGUUAACCCUCCUCUUCUGUUAACUUCUCCUUUGCAUGAAGCAACUUUAAGAGAUAAAUGGGAAACAGUGGAGGUAUUGUCGGCAGCUGGAGCUAAUCUGAACUCCUCGGACUGUCACUUCGGAACUCCUCUCCAUGUAGCAGCCUGUCAAGGCAGUCUGACAUGUGCACAAGCUUUGCUUCGAGCAGGCGCCUGUGUGAAUUCCAUUAAGAGCCUUAACACUCCUCUCCAUGAGGCUGCCAGGAGACAGGACGUGCCCCUGAUACUCCUCCUGCUGGCAUACGGAGCGGAUGUAACGAUGAGAAACAACAACGGACUACGACCCAUUG